CUUAUUAAAAAUAGUAUCUCAUCAGCUCACUGAUCUACCAGUAGCGUAAUCUUUGCACGUGAAAAAUCUAACUUUGUUCCUUCCCCUUCUAUAUUUCUGUGAUCUUAAAGUUUUACGCGACCUAUAGUAACGAUAGCCUAGCCACAGCUAAUCUAUGUCGACCACACCCGCGCGGCUGACGUCAGUCGCGACCCGCGAGUGCCGGCGCGCCAUAGCACUGUCGGGUCAUUGUCGCGUCACUGUAUGGGCACUGAGCAGAGCCAUGGGCAACAAAAUCGUCACAUUCACAGAGCAACAGCUGGAGGACUAUCAGGACUGUACUUUCUUUACAAGGAAGGAAAUAUUACGUGUGUUCAAGCGUUUCCGUGCGGUGUGUCCGUCGCUGGUGCCGCAGCAGCUCAGCCCGAGCGACGCGCGCUCGCUCGCCGUGCCGCUCGACAAAAUACUUACGCUGCCAGAACUUAAGGAGAACCCGUUCAAGCGUCGCAUCUGCGAGGUGUUCUCGCACGACGGCGAGGGGCUCACCUUCGACGACUUCCUCGACAUGAUGUCCGUCUUCAGCGAAGCCGCGCCCAGGGACAUCAAGGCCUGGUACGCCUUCCGCAUCUACGACCUCGACAACGACUUGUACAUAGGCAAGGAGGAUCUUCUAGAAGCUUCUAGGCUGCUCACGAAGGGGGAACUGCAGAGUCCCGAGCUGGACCAGAUCGUGGCCAGCGUGCUGGAGGAGGCCGACAUGGAUGGAGACGGCCAGCUAUCCUUCAUGGACUUCGAGCAUGUAGUCGUUAGGGCACCGGAUUUCCUGUCCACAUUUCAUAUUAGAGUUUAGAGUUUA